UUAGUAUAAUGAAGCAAUACAUUUUUGACAAUUCCAUCAAUUUUUGAGGAACUUUUGAAUCAUUUUUUAAACGCUAUUUACAUGAGUUGACUGUGAACUCUCUGAUGUUGCAGCUGAAAAGAAAACCUGUCAUGUAUGUUAUCAUCCUGCAAAAUACAGACUUUAUUUUUUUGAUCUGCCACGUGUGAUUUAAUACUUAAAAGUGUCUGUUAUUAAUUUAUGGACAAGCACAAUUUGUAGAUGAUGUUCUACGUGGUAUUCUGAUGUAUUAAGAGGAAGAAAGCUGCCAGUCUCACACUGAAGCUUAAAGAUCCAAUUUAAAAAUGUCAGAUUUUGAUGGAGGCCUACUUGUGCUAAGAGCAGUUUCACUGUAUGUUACACACCUAGUACUUUACUACAUUUGAUAGUCAUACAUUGUACCUUUUACCUGCGGUAAACUUUUCACUCGUUCUAAUCAGUUGGGGGUCCACAUGAUCAAACACACAGGUGAAAAGCCAUACCUUUGCAAAACCUGCCAUAAGGGAUUCAGUCACUUACCACAACUGAAAAAGCACAUGACAAUUCAUGAAGGUUAAGAGCUGUUUACCUUAGGAGACAAGGGAGGGUUUUUUUAUACUUGGCUUCUAAUAUAGUGCGUUAAUUUUAAUUGAUUAAGCACAAAAUUAAGUUAUUUGGUAAAAAGUCACGGGGGUCAAGUGAUGGCGGCUUCGGAGACCGCUGAUUAUACAGGAGUUGCACAAACACCCAACAUAUAUGAAGUAUUCUCACUGAAGAUGCAACACUUUCACUUUCAUUUAAGCACUUUAUGUAUCAUGCAGUAAUCUUCCACAGGUGUUUCGGUGGGUCCCUGUCAACCGAGCUGCUCCACUUGCUUUAGUUAUAUGUGCACUACCCCUGCAGCCCGGGGAGGGACCCCAUCUACAUGUUUCUUGAUUUGCUGUUUACUGUCAAGGUUCUGUGUUUCUUGUUUGUAUUUCAUGCUCAGCACUGGCCUGUCACAUCAGGUAUAUCAUUAUUAUGCAGUCCAGUAAUAUAAUACUCAGUUCAGUAAGGGUCUUACUGGGGAAGGUGAUGCAGAGAAAGGUUUAUUAUUUACUGGAAUGGGUAUAUGUGGCCUUAUUACAAGAAUCACACCUAGAAAACAAUGGACAUCUCAAACUUAAACACAGCUGGGUGUCUCCCAGACUGACUGUAGCAAUUUAUGUGUAUUCAUCUUCUGUGAAAUCUGUUCAUACCAAGGACACUACAACAUCUCUGACAUUAUAAUUAUAUGAUUGUGAGCAUCAAGAAUUCAGCCUCGGGACAUAAUAAAUGAUAACUUGCAGAAUCAGUGAUGUCAGUCUUUGGCUGUGAAUAUAUAUCAGGAAUAGAGACACAGUGCUGUCUAUUCCACCCUUUAAUACAAUCCUGAUAAAAUAAAUUGGAAAAAGCUCCUCCAGUGACAAAAAGGACAUUAGAUUUUAUUUGGUGAAAGUUAAGGUAGUCUGUCAAAGUAGACUCGUUGCACACCUUCCUUCACUAAACCCAAGAGUAACAUUUAUAAAGAACUAUUAUAUGUUAAUAAGACCUAUAUGUGUUUUGAAUAACACAAAGAUGAAUGUUUGCCACCACUUCUUCACGAAUUGUGACUGAUAUAAAAUGUUCUGACUGAAGGAUGUCAACACUGUUUGUCUUUCUUGUUCCUGACAGUUGAUUCAAUAAAGAUGAGCUAUUUUUCGUUCAUGUGGCUGUAGUGUGUAAUGAAUGUGUCUGACAAUAUGUAUGUAUGGAGUCAGCAAUACCGAUACAUGACAAAUCUGCAUCAUUGGUCCAUGAAAAAUUGAUAAUCACACAUAACGUUGCUACAUUAUUUACUUCUUAUUACCCAACAACUCACCCGCUGUGCAUCUCACUGAAACUGGUUAAAAUGUAUAUAAUAGUAAAUCAGGGGAAUCAGCAGUAAAUAACCAUUUUAGGAGCUGCAGAGCCAGAAGCAAAGAAAAGACUUCAAGGACAUGGAGGUAAAAACGUCAAUCACUGUUACAGAUUAUUAAUAUAUAUCCUGGUGAGGAGCAGUAGAACUUCAACAGCUAUCAGAGAUGUUUUAGUCUGUGUCAGCUGCUAAGGUUCAUCAGAUAACUGUCAGAGGUGAGGAGCUGCGUUGUUGCAGCAGUUUUGCUCAAAUCACAUCCUCAGAAAAACAGCAGAGGAUCAGCUCACACAGGACAAACCACCAGUGAAAUGCAACAGCUAAGUCUCUGUUAUUGAAUAUGUACAAUUUACCAUUGAGAUGAGGCCACCGUAUGUUAGUGUAAUAAUGUAGAACAAUUUUAACAUUAUUGUUGAGGUCUGUUGAAGUUUUGAAUUAUUUUUGUUAAAUGCCACCAACUGUAAGCGGAACAAAGUAAACAUAAAUUCCACCGACGGACCGUUAACAGUGUAACACCACACAGAAGUAAACAAAAGACCGUUGAUACUGGUCGAACUUUCAUGUUUUCACUGAAACACGCUGGUUUAUAAGUCAGACUUCGUUGCUGACUUCGUUGUUAUACAUUAAAAAUGUCUUCCGUCGAGUGUUUGAGAGGUUUCAUCAACGAGCGACUAACUGCUGCUGCUGAAGAAAUAUUCGGAGUUUUUCAGAAAACUAUCGUCAAGUACGAGGAGGAGAUCGACCGUCAGCGCAAACUGCUGGAUGUCCGGAAACCCGAAAUAAAGUUUUACAGGAUAGAGCUCCCACAGCAGGUUCUCACUGACCAGCUGCUCUGUAAGCAGGAGAGGAGCUCCAGUCUGGACCAAGAGGAACCAGAACCUCCACAGAUUAAAGAGGAGCAGGAGGAACUCCGCUGCAGUCAGGAGGGAGAGCAGCUUGUACUGAAGCAGGAGACUGAUACCUCUAUGUUGAUUCCUCCUUAUGAAGAAAGUGACCACAGUGACCACCAGCUCCUCUCUGACAACUCUGAUGUAGCUGAGAGCCAAAGUCAGAAAGGAGGCAAACAUGGAGACUCAGGAUCAACUAGAGCUGCAAAGCAAAAAACCAAGAAAAGACAUGGUGUUCGCAAUAGUCAAAGGCUUUUUAAAUGUGACACAUGUGGGAGAGAUUUUACGCGGAAGUCUGCCUUAAAUGCUCAUCUUACGAUCCACACAGGUGAAAGGCCAUUUUCUUGCAACACCUGUGGGAAAAGCUUCAGAAUUAGAAAAUCAUUAAUUCUUCAUAUGAGAGUCCACACAGGUGAGAAGCCAUUUUCUUGCAAAACCUGUGGAAAGGAAUUCAGAUCUUCUGAUAACUUGAUGAUCCACAUGAGAGUCCACACAGGUGAGAAGCCAUUUUAUUGCAAAACCUGUGGAAAGGAUUUCAGAUGUUCUAGUAACCUGUUGAGCCAUGUGAAAGUACACACGAGUGAAAAGCCAUUUUCUUGCAACACCUGUGGGAAAAGAUUCAGAAUUAGAAAAUCAUUAAUUCUUCAUAUGAGCGUACACACAGGUGAGAAGCCUUACCUUUGCCAAACCUGCGGCAAGAAAUUCUCUUGGCUGUCACAGAUGAAAAGGCACAUAAGAAGACAUUAAUGUAAAAAUGUGAGUACCUGCAAAACCCAGGAGGUUGUUCAGACUUAAACCUGAUGUAAGGGAUAUUUUGUCAUUAUCAUCAGUGUUAAAGAGUGCUACAUUCCAACGUCAAUCACAGUUACAGAUUGUUUCUCUAGUAACCCAUGUCACUCCUCCACCUGUUCAUGCAGUACAAGAAAAUAGACAUUUUCUGGUCUCUCUGAUCGCGCUAUCCAAUCAGGACAGAGAACUCAAGAAAGAGGCGAUCCUCUCUGUUUCUGAACACUCAGAGAGCAGGAACCUCCUGUUGGCUGUCAUGUCUGAUGAUUACUGCUGCACAUUCAUGUGGUGACGAUAAGAGGAGAGAGGGGAUUGUAAACUGGAGAAUGGACACAAAGUUAACUGAACCUAAAACAACAGUUACAGUGGCUUUAAUCAUUAAUACAUGUCCUGGUGAGGAGCAGUAUAACUUCAACAGCUGUCAGACAGAGAUGGUUUAGUCUGUAGUGCUGGACUGUAUGACCAAAAAUGUAUAUCACGGUAUUUUUCCAAAUUAUAACAGUUUCACAGUAUAUGGCGGUAUUUAUUAUUUUUUUUCUUCAUGCAUAAUCAGUUGUUCACAGCAUUGUCCCACUGCUUUAGAGAGGAAUUACUACCCCCUUUUUAGAUAGAAAGGCGAAACAUUUGCUGCAGACACUCUGCCGCCCUGUCUAUCUAAAAGCGAGGUGUAAUAUUCCUUCUUUCCCAAAAAGACGCCAUUGAGAUAGGCGUAAACACGUGACGUGAAGCACGAAGUUGGGCGUCAGCAGUGACGUACAAAAUAUGCAUCGGAAGAAAUGUGGCGACACUUGAUAGAUUUACUUAAUCAGAGACCCAUGGCCUAUAUUCUCAUGUCCUCAGUCAAACACACGCCGAUUUUAAAUCCCGGCUAUUAAAGGAAGCGUGCGGCGGAGCGCCUCGCCCCUUCCGUUAGCUGCCUCAAGCAACAGACAGCUAACAGGAAGCAGGUUGAAUUUCCUAACUUCAAAAUUAAGAGCUUUACAUUGCACCCCAUUGGAGUUUAGCACUGGGGUUUUAGCGGGGGGCUUUUAAUUUGAAAGUAGCGACCGUUAGUAGCUUGUUGCUACAACAACAAGCGGGUCCGGUCUGAAACAAUGUCGCGCGGCGCAGCGUAGCAUUCUGUACUUUGUGUAAUCAAAUACAUCGGUCUGGCAGUAUAUUAAAAAUUCGUAUCAUAACGAAAAUAUACACCGGUAUUCGGUGUGAAGCGGUAUACCGCCCAGUACUAUGUCUCUCUCAGCUGCUAAGGUUCAUCAGAUAACUGUCAGAGGUGAGGAGCUGCAUUGAUGCAGCAGUUUUGCUCAAAUCACAUCCUCAGAAAAACAGCAGAGGAUCAGCUCACACAGGACAAACCAUCAAUGAAAUGCUGUUCGCAACAGCUAAGUCUCUGUAAUUGAAUGUGUACAAUUUACCAUUGAGGUGAGGCCACCAUGUGUUAGUGUAAUAAUGUAGAACAAUUUUAACAUUAUUGUUGAGGUCUGUUGAAAUUUUGAAUUAUUUUUGUUAACUACUUCAGUAACAUGAGUGAACUGUGAACUCUGCUGAAGCUGACAAACUCUCUAGUGGUGUUGGAGCCUUUUCUCAGAGGCAUGUCAUCUGAUUUUAUACUUUUAUGUACUUUUGUGUUUUUGAUCCCAUGUAUUUAGUCUCACAAUAAAGGUGCAAGGUUCAAACUGGA